CGCAAAUGCCCUCCACCUGCACAUGUCUUCCUUCCUGACAGAAAAUGACAGACACUCUCUCCUCUCAACCACCUCCGUUGGCUGCCACCCCGCGUGAAACGGUGCCGUUUUCGUGCGAGGUGGGCAGCAAACAGGUCCUGGUGCCACAGUCCCCAGGCAGCAAGGCCACGCCAGCUGCUGCUUUUCAAAACCAACUCUUCAGCCCAGGGCUGCAGCGUCAGGGCUCUUGGACUAUUGAGGCGCAGCGCUCGGGCAGGAUGGAGGCGGCAGUCCACAGCAGCGCCAGUGCAGGUUGUGGCGCUAGCCCCUCCACGGGAUGGACCGACACCCCCGCCAGCGCCCCCUACCUUGAGUCGCACAAGGUGGAUGACCUGUGGGGCCGACUGGAGAGCCUUGAGCAGGCCCUGAAGGACAUGGAGAGCAAGGCGGUUCAACAUCUGGACAUUAGCUUGCAGGAGAAGGUGCUGGCCACUGCAGCCAAAAUAGUGCAGAAGCGGUUCCUUUCUGACAAGGAGCUGGACAAGAAGCUUCAGAUGCAGAUCCUGCAGACUGCCAUCAAAGUGGUUAAGCGGCACGCUGCUGCGGCACCAUCGGAGGAGGUCAUUACCCGGCGGCUAGAGUUUGAGCAGGGCAGGGAGGCUGGUGCAGCUGGUGUGGUGACGGGGGUGCAGCAGUACAUUGCGCACAUUGAGCAGAAUGUGUUGGAGCUGCUGGAGGUGCGGCUGGCCACCGGGGUUGUGCGCUUGGAGCAACGGCUGGACGUGGUGGAGGAGGCACAGCAACGGGCGGUGGUGGCAGUGCCUUCACAAGAUGCCUCGCACCAGAUGCUGGACCGGGUGGCGGCGGUGGAGGCGGCCUUGGUGGAGCAGGGCCGUGCUGUGGCUGACUUAUUGGCAGCGCUUCGCACACGUGGUGCAAUGGAGUUGCCGCAGCAGGAGGCCACGGCUGUAGGCGAGGCGCAAGCGGCUACAGCGCACCAGCUGGCUGACCCUGCAGCAGCGGUGGCGGCUGAACCCACGCCAAGAGAAGUCAUGCCUGAUGCAGGGCGUGACACAGCCACUGCAGAGCCGUCAACUCACCGGCAGGAGCCUCCACGGCCAGCUCCGGCAGCGCAGCAGUUGCACCAACGCAAGUCGGUGGUGGUGAAGCGCAGCUUGCUGGCAGACCCCUGCCGCUCCGCUGCCAGCUCCCCCAAGCCAGCCCUGUCACGCUUAAACACCAUGCAUGCAGCCGGCACCGCGCAGCGCAUUGCUAUGGCCACAGCCCGGGAGCAGCUGGCGAAGCAGGCUAUGCUCGCGCGGGAGGAGGAGGAGGUAAAGACGCCCCUGUGGGUCAGCAUGAUGUACGUAUUUGGCUGGACCCUGUUGCUCGUGGUGGGCCUUGCGGCGCUUACGAUGGGUGCUCUGGCGGUGAUGGUGAAGAAUGGCAGGCUGAGUGAGAGUGACCUUGAGUUUGUGUGGCGCUGACAGCCGAAUGAGGCGUAAAAGAGACGGGGAACCCUGCUGCCUUCCACAGUCCCUGUGGGGUUGCAUGGGCAGUAUAUGGGGACGACCAGCCACCGUGGCACGCCAGUUCUUCUUGCUUGCAACACAAACCUCUGUAAUGAGGAUUGCACAAGCAUUAUGCAAGAGUAACAUGUGUAGAGAG